GGAAAAAGAAGAGUAGUCAGCUGCCAAGAGUGUAACGUAAACCACCAGCUCGCAGAUAGAAAUACGAUGGAUUUCAAUGUGAAAAAAUUAGCCUCCGGAGCUGGACUGUUCUUCACACGAGCUGUCCAGUUCACAGAGGAGAAGUUGGGCCAGGCGGAGAAGACUGAGUUGGACGCUCACUUUGAGAACCUGAUGAGCCGCGCAGACUGCACCAAACACUGGACUGAGAAGAUCUACAGACAGACUGAGGUCCUGCUGCAGCCCAACCCAAGUGCCAGAAUUGAGGAGUUUCUCUAUGAAAAGUUGGACAGGAAGGCUCCUUCCAGAAUUACCAAUGGAGAGCUGCUGGGUCAAUAUAUGCAGGAUGCAGCAAAGGAAUUUGGUCCAGGAACUCCAUAUGGGAGCACUUUGAUAGAGGUGGGUGAGUGUGAGAGAAGACUAGGAGCAGCAGAGAGGGAGUUCCUACAGACCUCAGCCAUCAGCUUUCUUACCCCUCUCAGGAAUUUUCUGGAAGGAGACUGGAGGACCAUCUCAAAAGAACGUCGUCUUCUGGAGAAUCUUCGCCUGGACCUGGACGCCUGUAAAACACGCCUGAAGAAGGCCAAGGUGGCCGAGGCUAAGGCUGCUAUGGCUCCAGAUUUUCAGGAGACCAGACCACGCAACUAUGUGCUUUCUGCCAGUGCCUCUGCGCUCUGGAGUGAGGAAGUGGAAAAAGCUGAGCAUGAACUGCGAGUGGCCCAGACAGAGUUUGACCGCCAAGCAGAGGUUACACGGCUGCUGUUGGAGGGCAUCAGUAGUACACAUGUCAACCACUUGCGCUGCCUCCAUGAGUUUGUGGAGGCCCAAGCAGCUUACUAUAAACGCUGUCAUGUCCACAUGCAAGAACUGCAGAAAGAACUUGGAAGGCUUCCCAAUGCUUUUGCUCUGAACUCCACUCAGCCCAUGGCUACUGCUGGCUCUGCAUCAGAAGGCACCAGCAGCCCUGCUGAGACUGACACACUUAAGAUUGAGGAAGUUCAGGCACCAGCUACAGGAACCCGCAAGGCCAAAGUCCUUUACGAUUACGAUGCUGCUGACUCCAGUGAGCUCUCCCUUUUAGCUGAUGAGCUCAUUACGGUUUAUACAGUGCCGGGAAUGGACUCUGACUGGCUGGUUGGAGAGCGAGGAAACCAGAAAGGAAAAGUGCCUGUUACAUACCUGGAGCUGCUCAGCUAAAGAACACACACACACACACACACACACACACACACACACACACACACACACACACACGUGCAUGCGUGUGAGUGGGUACUACUACUAAAGCCAUGAGGAUAUUUCAUUCACUGAAAUGAAUUCACACUCUUACACUAACAUGUAACCUUCAGUACCACUCCUUCACAAUAAGCAUUAGCACACUCGUUAAGUUAGCCAUGCACACACUCAUCUGUGUGCUUCUCAGAACACACUGAAGUAUAUUCACAUGACGCUGACAGCAGUGACUCAGAAGACACUGUUGAUUUUGGGAAAGUCCCCAUGAGGGAUGCUUAACAUUCCUUUUAGACUUGUUUGGUUUUCUUAUCAGUUAUUGUUGUGCAUCCUAACGACUCCAGUAGAGCUUUCCAUGGCUGGAUGAAGUUUAGCUGUGACAAACUGUGACACAGUCUUCAGAGGGAUUUCCAACCAAAUUAUGUUCAUGUCUUCAUCGUUUCCUAAAGCCGCCUUUGUUCAUACUUUUUUUUUCUGAACUCUGAUGGAAACAAAUCUAGAGUUGUGUUGCCUCUAAAAUAUGAAUAUGAAGUUUGUGUUUUUUCUGUUUAUGUAUUAAGGUUAGAAGUAGGAGGUUGCACUGAUCUGACUCUGAGUGAAGCAGCUUGGUGCGUUUGUCCUCAGAAGGCGGCAGUAGGGAUAAAACAAGCAUGCAAUAACAGCACCUCCGUGAUUCUCCUGUCUAAAGAGGCGAUGACAAGUGUUAUCCGUCACUUGAGCCAUUCAGGACCGUUCAUCUCGGUAUGACAGCCUUCACUGAAGAAGUGAAAGUACGUGUGGGCAAACAGACAGUGGAUCUUUUGAGCACACCGUGACAGAUUGGUCAUUACGAUGUGUUGACGCGGGACAUUUCCAGUAAUUACCAGCCAUGGACAAGGAAAACCAUUCAUGCCAAUAAGGUUUAUUUUAGAUUCAUAAAAGAAAGUUAAAGAUUGGACCACUUCCUAUUUCUAGUAGAGAAAUGUCUGCUGCUGUUCUCCUUCCUUCCAAUAUAACAUGGACACAAUUGUAUUUCUUGUGUGUUUUUUUUUUCUUUUUUAAUUUGUGAAAGUAUUAAAUAUGAUAAAGUGCUUACACUGAAGAACAAUAAUUAUAGAACAGCAACUGAAGUUUUUCAUGGAUGUUUUAUCAUCUUUAACUCCUGGGAAGCAGAUUUGCCUUAACUGCUUAUUGAAAUGAAUGUAAUUCCUCUGUUAUUUUAAGCGACAAUAACAUUUUGUGGACAGUCGGAGGGAACAUUACUAGCAACAGUUUUGCUUGAUUGUCAUUCACUUGCUUGGAUUAGACUUUCCCUCAUUUAUUUAUUUAUUUAUUUAUUUAUUUAUUUGCCUCCCAUGCCUUUCCACAGUACUGAAGGUGUCCCUUUGGACAAUAUGAACACCUGUACAGCAAAUAAACAUGAACACUCCCAUCCUAACUGCCUUAAGAUGAUGGGAAUGAACUCCUAAGGCCAUCUUCUGCAAACCAGAGAAUGUGCUCUUCACAACAACAUGUUCAGAGACUUAAUGUACACCACACACAGCAUGCAAGACUGUAACUCCUUAUCACAUGUGUUUGUGUGACUGGUUUGCCCAUGAGUGUGUUUUGAAUUUACAACGUUCCUGUUUGUUGCUCUUACUGUAUGUCUGUUAAUACUUUAAAAUGCGUUCAGUCUUCGUGCUGCAUGUGCUACAGCUAGUAGCCUGUCCUGCUGGACAUCUGCGUGUGUAUAGGAGUAUGUAGGUGAUCUGUUUGUGUGAGAUCUAUAGCACCAAAAUGUGUGCACAAAAAUGAAUUUGCUGUCUCACAGUAGUAUGUGUACAUGCAUGCACUCUGUCCUUUUUAUUUAUUUAUUAUUUGUUUGUGAAAUGAGCACAAUGAAAAUGCAAAAAUCCAUCAGCAGAGAGGAAGUGAGUGAACCCUUCCUUACUUACUUUUAAACAAUGGGACAAGCAUGUACGACUGGGGGCUGAUCAUUAUUGUCGGCAGACACGUGCAGUCCACAUCGGAUGUCCUGCUCCCUUGUGCUCGUUUUACAAACAGUGGGGGAAUUUUAUUUUUCAAAAAAUUUUUUUACUCAUGCUGUUGUGAUUCUGUUGUACCUCAUCUUGUAUUAUUAUUUUGUCAAAGUACAUGUUGCCUGCCUGUUCCUUAAUCAAGCUGAAUAAAUGAAUUAUAUGGGA